CGCGCUCCUGGAGGCGGCGCAGGGGGAACCGGGCAGCGCCGAGUUGGGAGUUUUGUGUCGCCGCCAUGAGUCGCAGCUACAAUGAUGAGCUCCAGUUCCUGGACAAGAUCAAUAAAAACUGCUGGAGGAUCAAGAAGGGCUUCGUGCCCAACAUGCAGGUUGAAGGAGUCUUCUACGUGAAUGACUCUCUGGAGAAGUUAAUGUUUGAGGAAUUGCGGAACGCCUGUCGGGGUGGUGGUGUCGGUGGCUUCCUGCCUGCCAUGAAACAGAUUGGCAAUGUGGCAGCCUUGCCUGGGAUUGUUCAUCGAUCCAUUGGGCUUCCAGACGUCCAUUCAGGCUAUGGGUUUGCUAUUGGAAAUAUGGCAGCCUUUGAUAUGAAUGACCCAGAAGCGGUGGUGUCCCCAGGCGGUGUUGGAUUUGACAUCAACUGCGGUGUCCGCUUGCUGAGAACCAACUUGGAUGAGAGCGACGUCCAGCCUGUGAAGGAGCAGCUUGCCCAGGCCAUGUUUGAUCACAUUCCUGUCGGGGUGGGGUCCAAAGGUGUCAUCCCCAUGAAUGCCAAAGACUUGGAAGAGGCCUUGGAGAUGGGCGUGGACUGGUCGCUGAGAGAAGGCUAUGCCUGGGCCGAGGACAAGGAGCACUGCGAGGAGUACGGGAGGAUGCUGCAGGCCGACCCCAACAAGGUGUCUCCCCGGGCCAAGAAGAGAGGCCUGCCUCAGCUGGGGACCUUGGGAGCAGGCAACCACUAUGCGGAAAUCCAGGUGGUGGAUGAGAUCUACAACGAGUACGCAGCCAAGAAGAUGGGCAUCGACCACAAGGGCCAGGUGUGCGUGAUGAUCCACAGCGGGAGCAGAGGCUUGGGCCACCAGGUCGCCACAGACGCACUGGUGGCUAUGGAAAAGGCCAUGAAGAGAGACAAGAUCAUCGUAAAUGACCGGCAGCUGGCCUGUGCUCGGAUCGCUUCUGUGGAAGGUCAGGACUACCUCAAGGGCAUGGCGGCAGCCGGGAACUACGCCUGGGUCAACCGCUCCUCCAUGACGUUCCUAACCCGUCAGGCUUUUGCCAAGGUCUUCAAUACCACCCCUGAUGACUUGGAUCUGCACGUGAUCUAUGACGUCUCCCACAACAUCGCCAAAGUUGAGCAGCAUGUGGUGGAUGGGAAGGAGCGGACGCUGCUGGUGCACAGGAAGGGGUCCACGCGGGCGUUCCCGCCUCACCAUCCCCUCAUCGCUGUCGACUACCAGCUCACCGGACAGCCAGUGCUCAUUGGUGGCACCAUGGGAACCUGCAGUUACGUCCUUACUGGCACUGAGCAGGGCAUGACCGAGACCUUUGGAACAACCUGUCAUGGAGCGGGCCGAGCACUGUCCCGAGCAAAGUCCCGGCGUAACCUGGACUUCCAGGAUGUCUUAGACAAACUGGCGGACAUGGGGAUUGCAAUCCGCGUGGCCUCACCCAAGCUGGUUAUGGAAGAGGCUCCUGAGUCCUAUAAGAACGUGACGGAUGUGGUGAAUACCUGCCAUGAUGCUGGGAUCAGCAAGAAGGCCAUCAAACUGAGGCCCAUCGCUGUUAUCAAAGGGUAGGACUUGGACCAGUGCAGACACAGACACCACUGACCCUCACUGAAGUGGAAAUGGACUGAAAUGCUCUUUCAGACCUGGCAGGUUCCAAAGUGUGCAGCUAUACCUCGCCAUGCUGGUGUAGCUGAUGGGGAGCCAUUGCUACAGAUGGUCUGAAGGAGUCAUCUUGUCCCCGUUUGGAAAGAGGUGGAUGUGCUCUGGUGUCCCAUAGGUUUUUAGUAAACUGUAUUAGCAGUUGGGAAGGAGUCAAGCAAUGGCCUUACUUGGUUAUUCAAGUCUUUAAUCAUCAAAAUGACCUUUGCUUCAAGUUUGGUUUACAUCCCAAGAGGUGCCAUGAAGAAUGUUCUAUUAAAUCAGAAGGUUUUGUGAUGUUG